AUGACUGAAGCAUCCCGCGUAGAGGAGUUCUGGAGAUCGAUGCGCGAUGACAAUAAUGGCACUCCUGUCGCCGCCGCGGAUUUAACAUGCCUUCUUGAAGACGAGCCAAAGCCGUCAGUCAAAAAAGUCAAAAAGAUAUACAAGAAGAAGAAGAAAUUCGUUGAACCAGUGGUUGUUGAGGAAGUCAAGCCCAGCAUAGAGUCGGACCCAAUCAUUGAAGCAGAAGAAAUACCCCAUGAGCCAACACUCACUGAAUGCGAUACACCCACUCAGGCUGACCCAGAACCUGAAGCGGUGGAAGAACCAACAUGCAAUGAUGCCCAGCACACUCGAGUCGCGGACGAUACCAACGAAGAAGCAGAAGAUCCAAAACCUCUUGUCUAUCUACCUUUCAGUGCCCAACACAGACUCAUGGUCUUUCUUCAACACAAGCUAGAGGAGAUGUGCUAUUCAUAUAGCGAGCGGCACCUUCCACAGCUUCUUCAUGAUCGUGGCUGGGACUGUCCCGAAGCUUUGGAGCUGCACAGGUGGUUACGAACAUUAUCCGUGGAGCUCCCCUACGUCGGCCAAGAUUGGGUGUUCAAUCAUUCAAUACUCUUUGACUCUGUCGCUCAGAUCCGCAACUUUGCCGUCACCCGUUCCAAGAUCGACAGUGCUCAAAUGGAGAAGCUCAUGACCGAUGCAUUCGAGUUGGCAACUAUUCUAAAUGAAGAAAAGACCAUUAAAGUCAUUCUCAGACUUCGUCAAGAUAUGGUCCACACCUCCAAAUAUUUAGGUUCCGAGACGGAGCAGAUCAAGCAGACGUUUGAUCGCAAGCUCGGUGAAAUCGAAGCAGCUCGCACCAAACUCAAUGAGCUGGAGAAUGCCACCAAGACAGCGCUGAAAAAAAGUCUGAUGGGUCGACAGGAACAUGCUCGCUCAAAGAUCAUGCAGUCUAUUCAAAAGGCUGAAGCAAUUGACCAGAUACCGGACUCUGGUAAUCGAUCGGGUGCGAUGUCGAGUCUGGAUUUGGUGAAUGACUUGGAAAACAGUCUCAUGCUGGACGAUGAGGGACAAGAUCAUGUUUCUCCUUCACGAUCUUCUUGGUUUGCCUGUUAA